CAAACAAAGUUCAAUCACAGUGAAAAAACAAAUAAAUAUCUGUAAUUUAUCUCGCCACUAUAAAAUCUGUCUGCUUUCGUCAGUUCUUCCCCAAACUCGAUUCAGAGAGAGAGAGUGAGAGAGGAAGGAAGGAGAGAGAAAGCUCUGUUUGUGUUCUUGGCAUUUUGCUAGCCUGCUGGUGGUUGCUUAUGGCGGAAGGUUCUCUGUGAAUAUUUUUCUGUUCUGGGGUUGGGGAAGGAGGAUUUCUUUUCUUUAUCAACUUAAAUCAGCUGCCCGACGCUUCAGAGAUUUCGAUUGCAGCAUUUAGGCUUAACCCCAAAACAUUUUUUUUUUCAAAUUCGUUUUUUAUUUCCUAAAAGAAGGAGAAUUUCUCAAUCAAUGAGGUUCCGUGAAGAGAACCCUUUAUAGAGAAGACGAGUCCUUCUAAUUCCUCGUCGGUCUCUCUCUUCACGUAAUCGCUUUUCGAUUGCUUUUGUAGUUCAUUAUUACUCCGCAAGCUUCUUGCUCAAUCAAACUAACGAGCUCCCUUCUUUUCUUUUCUUUUCUUUCCUUCCCCCCAAUUAUAACUAUUUGAUGUCUGACUGUUGACGUUCCGGAGUUCGAUUUCGAUAUUGGGUCGGGGCCUGAACUGGGAUUUUCUUUUGAUAAGCUAAUUUGAAAUGGGUCAGUUCGGAUUUGGCCAAAUUCGGCGGGUUUUGGAAGAGGGCAGGCAACUAGGGUUCUCCUUCUAGAUGUGGAUUUUGUUUGUUUUCGCCUCUGGUGGUUGGGUUCGGUUGUCUCUCCUUCGACCCUUUUCCACUUGGCUUCGCCGCUGAUUCUGUGUAAACUGUAAAGUCGUCAUUUUUCUCUUCCGGGUAAAUUCUCUGGUGGACGGUUGGGCUUCUAAUCGAGCUCGAGUCUUGCUGAAUCUCAUGGGUUGUCGAUGACAAUUGUGCCUUUGUCGAUUUGAGGUCUACUGGGUUUCUGUUCUAUUCGGUUGAUUUCAGAGGAUUGAAGCUUGAUUUGGGUGUGAGAAAUUCAGGAGGAGAAGAUGAGUUCAAGUAUCACAGAAGCUUUGGUUCAGCAGGGGAAGCUGCUAGUCCACAUAGCAGAGAACGGCCAUUCAUUUGAGCUGGAUUGCGAUGACACCACCCCAGUUGAAGCAGUUAUGCGGUAUGUUGAAUCUUAUUCGGGGAUCAACUUGAAUGAUCAGCUUGUUCUGUGUUUGGAUAUGAAACUAGAACCUCAACGCGCGCUCUCUAGUUACAAGCUUCCAGCUAUGGAUCGAGAAGUGUUUAUAUUUAACAAAGCUAGGCUUCAGAACAAUUCCCCACCACCACCUCCAGAGGAAGUGAAUGUUGUCGAAGUAGCUGAUCCUCCACCUCCAGCUUCUAGCCACGAGCCUCAUCCUUUGGAUGAUGCCACAGACCCUGCGUUGAAGGCGUUGCCUUCGUACGAGAGGCAGUUUCGGUAUCAUUUCCAUAGGGGUCAUGCGAUCUAUAGUAGAACUCAGGUGAAGUUUGAAACUUGCGAGAGGUUAUUGAGGGAGCAGAAGGUGCAGGAGAGGGCGGUGGAGGUUGGGAGGGGUAAUUUGGAUCAGUACUAUAAGGUGAUCAAUCAGAAUUAUACCGAGUUCAUGAAGCGGUAUAAUCAGCAGCAUAGGAUUCAUUCUGAGCUCCUAGUGAAUUUCGGUAGGGAUUUAGAGAAGCUGAGGUCUAUCAGGCUUCAUCCAGCUUUGCAGGGGGUUGGUAGGAAGUGUUUGAUAGAUUUUGUGAAAGAAGAGAACUUGAGAAAGGCUUUGGAGAGUUGCAGCAACUCUCAUAAGCAAUUCGAGAAGAAGGUUUUGGAGUUUAAGCAGAUGUUUGGUGAAGUGAAGCGCAAGGUAGAGGAAUUGUUUGCAUGGCGAGCUUCUGUACCGAUUAAGAACUUGGAGCUAACUAUUAAAGAGCACCAGCGAUUCAUCAGUGAACAGAAGAGUAUCAUGCAGUCUUUGAGCAAAGAUGUAAACACGGUAAAGAAACAUGUCGAUGACUGUUUAUCCAGCCAAUUGUCUUCCUCCCUCCGUCCUCAUGAUACAGUCUCUGCCUUGGGUCGUAUGUACGAUGUCCACGACAAGAACCACCUUCCCAAGAUGGAAACUUGCGGCCGUUCUAUCUGCAAACUCCUCGACUUCUGCAAGGAAAAGAAGAACGAGAUGAACAUCUUCGUUCAUGACUACAUGCAGAAGAUAACCUAUGUGUCCUACAUAAUCAAAGAUGCAAAGCUACAAUUCCCUGUAUUCAGAGAGGCAAUGCUACGCCAGGACGAUCUCUUCACUGACCUGAAGCUCGUUCGGGGGAUUGGCCCGGCUUACAGAGCGUGCUUCGCUGAGAUAGUGAGAAGAAAGGCCUCAAUGAAGCUCUACAUGGGCAUGGCUGGACAGCUGGCAGAGAGGCUUGCAACUAAGAGGGAAGCUGAGGUCAGGAGGCGAGAGGAGUUUUUGAAAUUGCAUGGUGUGUACAUACCAAGGGAUAUCUUAGCAUCCAUGGGGUUGUACGAUACUCCUAGUCAGUGUGAUGUCAACGUUGCUCCUUUUGACACUAAUUUGCUUGAUGUUGAUUUCCAUGACCUGGACCGCUAUGCCCCUGAGUAUUUGGCUGGACUGCCUUUUAAGGGCGAGAGACAGGGAAGUCUAAAAGGCUCAUUUUCCACUUCCAAUGAUAGCUCUCAUUCUGCUGAGACGGAGGAUAUUUAUGUGGAUAAUCUUGAGAAAGAUGAUUCUGAGGAGCUGCUUGAGAGUUGUGAUUUAGUGGAGAUUGCCGGGACAAGCAAAGUGGAAGUCGAAAACGCAAAGCUGAGAGCUGAACUUGCUUCGAAGAUAGCCCUCAUCUGUUCUUUCUUGCCCGAAUUGGAAUUCGAGUCUCUUGAUGAUAGCAAAAUGGGAAGCCUAUUGAAAAAUGCAGCAGAGAAGACAACCGAGGCUUUGCAACUGAAAGAUGAAUAUGGAAAGCAUCUCCAGUCUAUGCUCAAGGAGAAGCAAUUGCAGUGCAUGUCAUAUGAGAAGCGGAUUCAGGAACUUGAGCAGAGAUUGUCCGAUCAAUACAUGCAGGAACAGAAACAGGUCAAUAAUAAAGAUGUAUCAUCUGAUUCUGCACUUUCAGCUGCAACUGCUGCCCAUGACAGUAAACCUGAGAUCUCAAUCCAUGGAGAAACCCACUUGCCUUACUCAUCAUCUACUUCAGAAUCCAUGGAUGACGUCUCUUGUAUAUCUAGCUCUCUGGAUGCGAAGUUGGGGCGUUUCACUAGGCAGCAUAGUAGCAAAGGUAGGGAAGGGUUGGUCGAUGAUGAACAUAUGAUGGAUUCCUCAGGAAUCCUGAACACCCAGUUAGAUUCUUCAAUGCCUGAACCACAUAGAGAAGAGCUGCAGGCUAGCGACAAAGAUGGGAAAGACAAGAUGGUGGCAGGGCAACUAGGGAUGUCAAUAACAAAUAGUUGCACGGCUGAGAGCAUGCCCGAGCCUUCACCCAAUCUGCCUUCUGAUGCAGUCAUCGAGCCUAAGAUUACUGCCGGGGAUCUUCUGGAGUUGCAGAAUGAACUUGCAGAGAAAUCAAACCAGUUGAGUGAAACCGAGGCUAAACUCAGAGCUGUGAUGGGGGAGGUUGCCAUGCUCACCAAGGAGCUGGAAACAAGUCGAAAACUUCUGAACGAAUCUCAGAUGAAUUGUGCUCACCUGGAGAAUUGUCUGCACGAGGCAAGAGAAGAGGCUCAAACUCACCUCUGUGCCGCUGAUAGGAGGGCUUCAGAAUAUAGUGCUCUACGUGCAUCUGCUGUGAAAAUGCGCGGUCUCUUUGAAAGACUGAGGAGCUGCAUUUGCGCUCCUGGUGGAGUUACUACUUUUGCAGACUCUUUGCGUUCUUUAGCUCAAUCUCUGGCCAAUUCAAUUACUGAAAAUGAAGAUGAUGGAACUGGGGAGUUCAGGAAAUGCAUUAGGGUUCUUGCGGAAAAAGUUACUUUCUUGUCAAGGCACCGAGAUGAGCUGCUCGACAAGUGCCCGAAGCUAGAAGCUGCCAACGAACAGCUGUUGAAGGACCUGGAGGAGAAGAAAGAGCUCUGCACCACUCUAUACAAAAAGCACCAACUCGAGAAGCAGGCGAACAAAGAGAGGAUCUCGUUCUCCCGAUUGGUAGUCCAUGAGAUUGCUGCAUUCGUGCUCAACGCUGAUCGACACUACGUGGCGAUUAGCCGCAGCUGCUCUAACUACUACUUAUCUGCAGAAUCGGUGGCCCUGUUUACCGACCAUCUUCCAACCCCACCGAGCUUCAUAGUUGGAAAGAUCGUGCACAUCGAGUGUCAAACCGUGAAGCAACUGCCUGGGGCAGCAGCAGCAGCAGCAGAUCAGGGAAGCUCCUCCGACGUCUUGGAGGCUGCUGCUGACCGGAGAUUGACUUUGAACAACUUGGGAUCGAUGAUGAACCCGUAUAACCUCCCGAUUGGCUGUGAAUACUUCGUAGUGACGAUAGCCAUGUUACCUGAUACCACCAUUCAUUCUCCAUGAUCGAUCCGCCCUGAGUUUACUCUUCAGGAAGACAUGACAUGAUGGAAGAAAAAGUGUAUAUUAAUGAAAGUUAUGAGAAAAGGACGCCAAAAAAAAAAAAGAGAGGAAGAAAAUGAACUAGGGUCUGUGACCUUGUUCUUUGUACAGCUGACCAAUUCUAAGGUUCUUUUAUUAUGAUGUUUGGCUCUGUUCUUUUGUAUAUAAAGUCACCUUCUACAGACAAGCCCUUUUGUGUAUAAAAAAAACCAAUGAACUGUGAAUAUUAUGAAUCGUCUCCAUCCACU